AUGGACAAUAGCUCCAGAGAUAACCCAAGGCAAAUCAGCCAAACGACAUACGCGAAGGAAGAAGCUCGAGACAAAGUUAAACCAGCAGUUUGGUAGGAAACCUAAUCAUACUGUACAUUUAAAAUCCUACGUAAGUUACAACUUUGUCUCAGCCUCAGACCGCUGGGAACAACUAUUUAGGGUGGCGAACCCAGGCAGGGUGGGCACACUCGUAAUUGGCGACGAGGUCGCAGCGACCACUCUCUGGAGAUGGGACUCAGCGACAUAAAUGGUAAUCUUCCUGUUUUCCAUCGUAUGAUUGGUACAGAGACCGUAAUGAUUCGAAGAAUGGUUGAUGGAGGUGGCGUAGAAUGUGUGGUAUGCUACAACAAUGGUAUCCUUCCAUUGGGGUUCAACCGACAGGAGAAUUACGGCAUGGAACCAGAGUUCAUCCCCGUCGGUACGCGAGACGUAAUUGUCCCGACGACACCACUCGGGGCAAUUCUAGUGGUGUAUGAGUAUACAUAUUCAUGGCAUCAAUUUCGAAGACGACAACACCAUCCUCCGUGGAAUUGUCUUGGCAGGGUACCGGAUUCGGCUGGCUCCACCUUUAGGGAGUGGCAGCCAAAUCACACGUCAACUACACUCAGACCGUAGUCGAAUCGGAGAGCUGUGGCAUCAAGGAUCGUGUAUACCGUAAUCACCGAAAUCGCAAAAUUCCCGCCAACGCACAUGAUCGGGUGGACAUAGUGGUACACGAUGAUUUGGAAGAGCAGCAUGUGACGACUCUUAAUUCUUAAUCAGUUUACAAUAAAACGACGUAGACGCCGGAGCAAUGCGACGUCGUGGUUGUGAGGGCAGCAGAGAAACGUAAUGUAAUGGGUACUGCACUAACCUCAAAAUGUUAUUGGUACCUUAUCAUGUCGUGUACGACUUUACCUGUCUCCGCCCAUACCUGAGAGUUGAUAAGAUAAUCUGUGCAUAUAUAAACGUAUAUAGUCACAGAAGUUCUUGGAUUCGAUCUUCGCCGAUGAGGCGUAAACCACUGCAAAAAACGAUGUGCAGCGAUUUGAUCGAAUAACAUUGAUUUAGAGCCAAGGCCUCUUCCUCGAGCUGUUUUUGAAUCUUGAGAUUUAUUGCCAAAUCCAGUAAUUUCUAGGUCACUAAUGGCUGAUUUUCACUUUUAUUAAACUUCAAAAGCUCAAGGCUAGAACAUCAACAAACUUUUCUGAUUCUUUUUCAACUUACAUACCUAAAUUUCGAGAACAACAAGAAAAACAUGCCUGAUCGUCGCUGAAACCCAACUCAACGUUCAAAUUCGCUUCAAUUUGGUCCUCAAAGAACAUGGCAACUGGUCCAGCCACCGACGGAUUUCGCUGUUCAAGACGAAGAGCAGUUUGAAUGGGAAGCCAGACCUUAUCUCUGAUGGCAAAACACGUGCAGAGGAGCUCACAUUCUCCUCAUUCAGUAUUGCUGGGAUUCACCACGUUUCCGACGGUUUUCAAUUGUGGGAUCGUUUUCUCGCCGGCUUCGUUUGCGUUGUGGUUUGGAUCCCGCAUCUGAUGUGUCGUCUUCCGUGCGUAGGAUCUCGUCGCGCAUCGGAUCCUCGCUAAUUAGAUUUGUUUGACUCACAAGGGAAGUCACUUAAGUCACGGAUCGAUUUUUAAAAACGACUGUUACGGCAAUAUAGAGGGUGGAAUGGGGAUAUCCAAUUUAAAAACCGCUACCUCCACCGGCCUCUGGGAGCCGAGAUAAUCGACCAACAAGUUUGGCCGAAAAAAGAUUGCCCCGAAAAGCUCUGCUUUUCGAAAAAAAGAAGGCAACGAACCGAAUGGUCCGGUGGUCUGGAAGCGCGCUUCCGGGCCUUUGCCUUUUCAGGUUCGAGUCCGCAUGGGUUCGAACUUGUAGAUAAUUUAUCAAACUCUCUGUAAUCCAGCAAAUAUAUGUACUGGUAAAAUAAAAUUUUCUAUUUUUCCAUAUUUUGCGAUGAAAUUUCACUCUGUUUGAAUUAUAAAGUUCAAAUCGACGUAAAAUAUGGAAAAACUAGAAAAUUUAUUUUACCUGUAACUCUGGUGGAUUACAGCAACAGUUUCGUAAAUUUUUUAAUAUAAGUCCGAACCCGUGCGGACUCGAACCUCAAAAGGCGAAGGCCUGGAAGCGCACUUCCAGACCACCGGACCAUUCAGGUCGCUCUCCCUUUGCUUUUGGAAGGGAGACCUUUUCGGAGGGAAUUUGGCCAAACUUGUUGGUCGAUUAUCUCGGCUCCCAGAGGCCGGUGGAGGUAGCGGUUUUAAGAUUGGAUAUCACCGUCCCACUCUUUCCAUCGCUGUAUCAGCCGUUUCGCAAAAUCGAUCCGUGAUUUAAGUGACUUCCCUUGUCAGACUCUUUUUGCUGGCUUUUUUAUCUUUUUUGCGAAGUUUUGUCGCUUUUCAGUGUAAUUUUCGACCUUGUUUAGUAUCAGGCUUCUUCAAGGAAAACUAACGAUAAAUUUAGCAGAAAAAAUAUUUGUUGGUCGGCAGACACCUAAAAUAUUUGCUUUCCAGAAACGGCCGAGAUGGAAUCGAUUAUGGAAAUAGUAUUAUGCGAGGUGCGUUCGAAGCGGACCCGUCGUAUAUCAGACAUCGCGGAUAUUUCUUCAAACAACUCGUCAACUGCAAUGUUUUCAUCGCUCAACUCGGCUUCUGUUGUGUGUAUUUCGUCUUCAUGGCGGACAAUUUGGAGGAUUUCUUCCGGGAGAAUGUUGGUAUCGUAUUUCCAAAGUCCGUCUGGAUGGUUUUCAUCUGCAUUUCGGUGCUGGGCUUCUGUUCCAUUCGAAAGCUCUCGAAAUUGGGGCCAUUCGCAACCGCAGCCAACGUGAUUUACUUGGGCGCAGUGGCGAUUGUGGUAUAUUUCUUCUCCAGCAACCUGAAAUAGACGAAUGAGCUGACGAAAUGAGGAUAAUUGCUGGAUUUGCCACUGUUCUUCGGCACUGUAUUAUUGCUUAGGUUCAGUUUUUGCACAAUGAUGUCGUAUUUUAGGAGACUCCAAUUUUGGUAACUACUAUUAGAAAUCGAGGCCCCGAGGUAACCGGAUUCCGAGCUGAUCACGUCGUUCUAGAAGAUGUUAAUCUGGUCCAACCCUUGGAACUCGCCAAGUUCUUCAUCCGGAAAACAACAUGCUGCAUUGGGAGAAGUUUGAUUUCACGAUGGAUUCAGUUUGGACAACGUCUCAAAGAUGGUCCGCGAUGGAAUGCCCCAUGUUGA